AUGGCAGACCCUGCUUCGUUGGUCCUUGCCAUUGCCCCCCUGGCUCUUGAGGCACUCAAGGGCUUCCGCAAACUCAAUUCUAAAUUACGGAUAUUCUGUCACUACUCACAAGAAUUGAAACGAAUUCGCACAAAGUUUGAGACCCAGCAGGACUUUUUUCAGUCGGAAUGUGAAAUACUGCUCCGGAAGGUUACCGACAGCCAGUCCCAGGUCGAAGUAUUCUUGAGAGCACGACAAUUCGACGAUAGUUGUCACGAUAUUCUCAAACGGCUGUGCACGUACCUAGGGUCACGACAAACAGCUUUUCGCGGCAUUUUUGAAGAUAUAAAAGCAUCUCUCCAGGAUCUAGAAGCCGAGUUGCAUGGCUUCGAGAAAUUCGAGUCUGAGCGGCAAGAUGGCGAGAGUCUUAAAGAUGUUGUGAGGCGGCUCAGAUACCGCCUGAAAAUAACAAUUAACAAGACCAAUUACGACGAAGCCCUGGAAAGACUGAAACAAUCUAACUAUGACCUCAAAAGCAUUAGAAAGCACUCUCAAGAACUAAGAGGAGACAUCAAUCAUGUACAAGAUGUCACCAACAACAUAAAGCCACCUCCAUCAGAAUGCAUGCAUUUCGGAAGAGUUCGAUUGGCAACUCUUGCUUUUCACGAGGCUAUGGUGACGCACUGGGUCUGCGAAGAGCGCGAGCAUCAGCGUCAUUUUCUUAGAUUGUUCACUGAUGCUCAGGUUCAACAGGACAUAAGGAUGAAAUUUUUCUUGCUUGGAGAGUGGGAACCACCAGAAGUCAUCGGUCCUAAACGCUUAGAUUUAGCUUCUUUGGAAGUUCGAUCAACGAUUCUCGAGUGCCCUGAGCCAUUGGGGCCAGGAAACGGGGAAAUCCAGACGCAAUCCUGCGAGGCAACCGUUGAUUUUAGAGUGGUUAAGCGGAGACGAGUCGCAUGGGCCGACGAGACCCCUGCUUCAAUAAAAUCUCAUAACUAUCGGCCUUCGAACUCAAAAAGACAUAGCUUGCUUCAUCAUAAGGUUAUAAAUUCAGGAUUGAGGGCCCAAAACUAUCAAUGCACUGGCAUCCCUGGCUGCGCUAUUGCUACCCGACAAUUUAGAGGCGCCGCUUGUCUUGGGCAUCUUGACAUAGAGAUGCAGAAAUCAUUUCGACAUUCGUUCUACGCCUGGUCCGGCAUCUGCAACAACAAUGUGACAGUAGCCAAGACAUUUGCCACCGCAGAACCACUUACCAACUUGUUCAAUCAACCCGUUCAAAAGGACUUUGAUGUUGUUGAUCAGUUGUUAUUGGCUAAAGCAAUGGUAGCCACUAUCCUCAAGUUCCACUCUACCCCAUGGCUCGGUAUCGCGGAUGAGAGCAGGCGCUCACAGCGCAUUCGGAACACCGUUCUUUAUAAUUUGGGUGUGGGCCUUCUUCAGAUAGAUCGCUGGACCAACUUAGACCCGGACGCCGUUGACAUCAUUGACAAUCUUGCUACGCAGCGGGCGAACAUGGGGCCAAAAUACCGAGAUCUCGUACAAAAGUGUCUAUACUGUGAUUUUGGGGUCGGUGCGGAUCUCCUUAAACCUCAACUGCAAAUCGAAAUCCUUGAUAAGGUUGUAGGAGAGCUCGAGUCCAUGGUCGCAGCACUCAGGAUCAAUGAUGAUAAGGUGGAGGUGUAAUAUUGAUACACCUAUUUCAGGCUUAAAUGGCACACUGCAGUAAGCUGUCCUUUGAGCAAUCAAAGUAUUGAGAAUCUUUGGCUAUGGCAUCAACUUGACUCCCCCUUUUAUCUUCUAAAGAGGAGCUAGUAUAUGAACCUUUAGUCUGAGUAUGUGAGUCAUAUCUGACCCGUUCAAUGUAUUGGAUAUAUGAGUAUAGAUGAAUGAUUGUGCAUCGAACUAUGAAAGCCCCCAUAACAUCUCUAGCUAACUCUAUAUCUUCCAGUCGGAUGGCGUUGCGCUCGCAAAUGCCCCUAAAAUGCCCUCUUGGCGAAAGAGAUUUUCAGGCGUAUCUAGUUGUGUGAUCUGCCCAGGCAUCCACAACACGGACACGAUUGUACCCUGUGAUAGUUUUUGGUCGAUGUGCGAUAUAAUAAAGUUUUCCCGCGGAAACAUGCGG